AUGAGAUUAUAUACGCUGGUAGCUGCGCUGGAUCUGGGGCGUUUGUUUGGUGUGCUGGAAGUGGACAUUCGCGUGCUGCCACCUUCGCAACCCUUUUUUGAGGCCCGCGGUGUUUGUGGUCGCGGUGAGGUAGCAGCAAGGGCGGUGGGGAUGCGGCAGCAGAGGCCGGCGGGUGAUCCAGCGGAGGUAGGGGAUGCGGCGAAGGUAGGGGAUGCGGCGAAGGUAGUCGAGGCUGCGGGGGUACGGGUGGGGGGCCCAUCGGAGGUAGAGGAGGCAACGGAGGUAAUGAGAAGGAGAAUCGCUCAGCUCGCGGGUGGGUGA